AUGGUUACCAUACCCUUUGGGUUGUUUGUCUUCAUUGCGCUUGCUGCAAUCACCAAGGCUCUCAAGUACGAUGCAGAACAAGCGGCUUUCAACCUCAAUCAGAACCAAACGGCUACAGAUCCCCUUGACUACUGGGGCGAGUGGGCCGACCAUGAAUUCUUCCCCUCUCCGCCCAACUGGCGCAUGCCAAUGUACAGUCUUUUCAUCGAUCGCUUCGUUAAUGGGGACCCCUCAAACGACAACGCAAAUGGAACGCAAUUCGAACACGACAUCCUAUCCACUUCGCUUAGAAAUGGCGGCGAUGUCAAAGGGCUUCAAGAUACGCUUGACUACUUGCAAGGCAUGGGAAUCAGGUCUAUAUACAUCAUUGGCUCUCCAUUCAUGAAUAUGCCUUGGGGCGCGGACGGCUACAGCGUCCUUGACCUAACGUUGUUGGAUCGCCAUCUCGGAACAAUCGCUGCUUGGAGGAAUCUCAUCGCUGAGAUGCACCGACGCAAGAUGUAUGUUGUGAUGGACAAUACUUUCGCGACACUCGGAGACUUGAUGGGGUUCGAGGGAUACUUGAACGAGUCAACCCCCUUCGACCCAGAAGAGCACAACGUCGUAUGGAAGUCUGAAAUGCGAUACCACGAUUUCCAACAAAGCGACGACGAGCUCGCUUCCUGCGAUUAUCCUAGAUUUUGGGAUGACAGCGGCCACAGGAUGACCAACCUCACCGAUUACUUCGUCGGCUGUCGCGAUAGCGAAUUCGAUCAGUACGGGGAGGUUGCUUCUUUCGGUAACUACCAGGAAUACGAACGACAGCUUUCGAAGUUCGCCUUCGUCCAGGACCGACUACGAGAAUGGAGACCCAGCGUACUCGCGAAGAUCAAACAUUUCAGCUGCAUGACAAUUGCUAUGCUGGACAUCGACGGGUUCCGAAUAGACAAAGCAUUACAGGUCACUAUUGAUGCACAAGGUGCUUGGAGCAAUCACAUCCGGCAAUGCGCAAAGCGCUACAACAAGGACAACUUCUACAUCCCCGGCGAGAUCGUCUCCGGCAACAGCUUCGGCGCCAUCUACAUCGGCCGUGGCAUGGAGCCCGGUAUGGCCGAGGACAAUCUCACGAAAGUGGUCAGUUCCGACGGUCACAACAGGGAGUACAUCCGCGAUCUCGACAAUAGCGCCCUAGACGGUGGCGCGUUCCAUUAUACUGUCUAUCGCGCUUUGACGAGGUUUCUUGGCAUGGAUGGCACCUUCGCUGCUGAGGGAGAUCCGCCGGUCAACUUUGUGGAGACCUGGAAUGCGCUGCUUCAAACUAAUGAUAUGACCAAUGCGUAUACCGGCGAGUUCGAUCCACGCCAGUGA